AUGCUUCCACAUAGGCCAAAAACCAACAACAACAACACCAUGGCUCGCCUUUCUGCUGCUCGCUACGGCAAGGACAAUGUCCGUGUCUACAAGGUCCACAAGGAUGAGAAGACCGGCCAGCAGUCCGUCACCGAGAUGACCGUCUGCUGCCUUCUCGAGGGCCAGAUCGAGACUUCCUACACCGAGGCCGACAACAGCGUGGUUGUCGCUACCGACUCCAUCAAGAACACCAUCUACAUCAAGGCCAAGGAGCACCCCGUCAACCCUCCCGAGCUGUACGCCAGCAUCCUGGGCCAGCACUUCCUCGACAAAUACGCCCACAUCACGGCCGCCCACAUCGACAUCACCGUCCACCGCUGGACGCGCAUGGUCAUCGACGGCCAGCCCCACCCCCACAGCUUCCUGCGUGACGGCCAGGAGACCCGCAACGUCGAGGCCACGGUCACGCGGGACGGCAUCGCCAUCAAGAGCGGCAUCGUCGGCCUCCAGGUGCUCAAGAGCACCGGCUCCGCCUUCCACGGCUUCGUCCGUGACGAGUUUACCACCCUCAAGGAGACGUGGGACCGCAUCCUCUCGACCGACGUGGACGCCGGCUGGACCUGGCAGAAGUUCGCCAACCUGGCGGCCGUGCAGGAGGGCGUCGAGCGCUUCGACGCCGCGUGGGAGGCCGCCCGCAACAUCACGCUCAAGACCUUUGCCGAGGACGAGUCGGCGUCGGUCCAAAACACCAUGUACAAGAUGUGCGAGCAGAUCUUGGAUGCGGUGCCCGAGGCCGACAAGACCAACUAUUCGCUGCCCAACAAGCACUACUUUGAAGUUGACCUCAGCUGGCACAAGGGCCUCCAGAACACCGGCAAGGACGCCGAGGUGUUUGCUCCCCAGUCUGGUCCCAACGGUCUCAUCAAGUGCGAGGUCUCUCGCUCGUAA